GUGCGUUGUUGUAAGUAAAAUAGUUACGUCCGGUAAAUUCGUUAUUGAUAAACAAAUAACGUCAUCAUAUAAUGAUUCAUCGUUAACUUUGUUUUUAUAGUAAUAAUCGGAGAUCGUAUCGUCGUAGACUCAGGAAUUUCAUGAAAGAAAACAAGUACUACAGUAUACAGACGUUACCCAGGAGUUUGUUUUGUGACCUAUGAUGUGGAGGUAGGAAAGUUGAUUGGCAAUGCUACAUCCAUCAAGACUUAAGCAUGUGUCACUAUGUUUCAUUAAGAAGCGUGAUAGAAGUGUAAAUUUUGCUACCACAAGGCUGUUGAGUGGCUAUCAUCGACUACAGAAUGGAAAGAGAACCAGUGGUAGGCCUACCACACUUGAAGUUACUUCUGUUGAGAGAGCUCUGUAUUAUCAUCUGCCAAGAGUACAAGUGCCAAAGCAGCUAAUUUCACAAACUUCUAUUACAAAUCCACACUUUCAGGAAAGGCAUCCAUCAGCGUCUGGAAACGAUGUAGAAUUUAAAGCCAUCUACCGCCUUCCUUACAUACAACAUAUUCGCUUUUUGUCUAGACUUAAAUUGGCACAGACAAUUUUUGUGGUAGGGAUUGUUCCUCCUUUGGGAAUUUUGAAGUAUAUGGAUUUAAUAACGGAUGCUCAGUUCCUUUUUCCACUGUGUGCAGCAAACUUUAGCCUUAUAAUGUUGUACUGUAUGAGUUUAUAUUUAAGACGGAUCAUUGGGGUUAUGUAUAUCAACCAAAAUUGUUUAAAAUUAAAAGUCAGUCAUUUGGACUUUUGGGGUCGGCGCCAGAAUUUUGUUGUUGAUGUCAAGGACGUGCUUUCUGCUUCAGAAAUUGGAGAUUCCAAGGAAAUACUAAUGCGAAAAUUUCAGACUUUUGAAUCUAAAAAGUACUUUUAUUUCUCUUUAAAAUAUGGAAAGGUUCUAAAUGAGCAGAUAUUCUAUGAGAUAUUUGGAAAACCAGAAACCACAGUAAAUUAAUAAAUCAGUUGGAGAAGUACAUUUUCUGUGUUAUCUACAUUUUUUAUAUUAACGCAAGAGAAUAGCAUAUAGGUACCAGUGUAUUUGUUCCUGGCCCAUCUGGAACAGACUAUUAUUUUCAACCAGGGUAGCAAACAUAUCAAAACAUCUGACAGAAAUGUUAUUGUGUAGUGUAUGAGGGAUGCGAUUUUCAUUAUAUUUGUGAAAAUUAUCUUGGUAUAGGAUGUGGACCUUAGGAUGGGGUAAAGUUCAGCAUCUUAACCAUUAUAAGUUACAUUUCCAUUCCAAAUAUUGUGUAAACCCAUCAACUUUUCAUGCUAGGUAAACAACACAUCUAACACACACACAGUAUUGUACUGUAGUCUGCAAGAUCAAGAUUUAUUGUAUACCAAUAAAACCACAGAUGAUUUGUUAUCAAUAAAAAUAGAACCAUAAUUACUCUAUAAAAAUCUACUUAAUAUCAUUCAUUUUUAGAUAUUUGUCAUGCAGUGACCAUUGUACACUAUCCCAAUGACCAUUUGUUUAAAGAUGUCUAUAUCAUGUGUGCAUGAAUACUAUAGAAACCAUUAAAAAUAAAACAUCUCAUUUUAAAAAAGAUCAAGUAACUAGUGAUUAAAUUCCAAUUACAGUAUAUGCAAAUCUGUAAGAUUUGUUGUUGAUUUACAGACCUUUUACUACAAAAAUCCUUAAAUUUAUUACCAGCUAAUUUAAAGGUCAAUGCAUAAGAAUUUAUAAUGUGUAAAAGGGUACAAUCUAUUAAUUUACAAGUACACUCAACUCUUUUGAUAGCUCUAUUAUUACUGUACUGAAUACAGGUUUUGAGGGAAAAUUUAUUAUAGCUUUGGAUUAUUAAAUACUACUUGACAAAUAAUCAAAUUCACACACAUUAUUCAGUUCUACAGGGAGGAAUCUUUAUGGUUUCCAUCAGGAAAUCUCUGGCACUUCACAUUUAUUUACAGGCAAAUACUAUCCAUAUCAAGUGUUCUUAUACUGCACGGUUGGAUGUGCCGGGGCGGAUGCAGGAUUUGUCGGUAGGGGGUGCGUGAUGAUUGCAUACCACCUCAACCCCACCAUGGUUAAGGAUGAGGUGAGAAAAUUUUGAGAAUAUGGUGCCUGGAAAUUGCACUCUCAUACCUUAAAAAUCUUACUGGUACUUCAUAUCAACAAUACAAUACAAUUCUUUUUAUUAAUACAAUUUAGAGGGUGCGAUCGCACCGUCUGCAUCCCCCCAGAUUUGUAAAACAGGAAGGUAUUAUAAUAGCACAAUUUAGGGGGGUGCGAUUGCACCAUCUGCACCUGCCCCCUGCAUCUGCCCCAGAUGUGUAAAACAGGAAGCACCUCCCUUUUUACAUAAGUUCACAACUAUGCAACCAAUUUUAUACUACUGUUACCUCUAUUGUUCAUUGAUAGCGAGGGCAGCAUUCCCUUAUGAUAAAUUAUGUAAACAUUACACAAAUAACACCUAAUAAUUUGCUAGUGUUACAGUAUAUUUUUACAGUAUUUAACAAGUGUGAUUCAAUAUAUAUCUUCAGAUUUGUUUACACGAUACAAUUUUUACAAUGAAAAAUUCAAGGCAUAUAAAUUCAUGGAGUAUAAAUUGCUACACUUAUAACUAUUGCUUUUUGAAAUUAUAUAAAAAAUAAUACUGUACUUAAAGAAACAAAUUAUAAAUAAUAUCUUAUUUACAAAUAUAAUAUUCAAUACACCACAAUUUGAACACUGUACUGAUGCGCGUAUAAGGCCACCCCUUAAAAUUCUAUUGAUGUCUACAUAUGUAUGCCACAGUAAAUUCUAAAUAACAACCAAACAUGAAACAUAUUGCAUUGACAUGAAAUGAAAUAUUUUGCCUAAAUUUAAAAAAUAGCCAAACCAUAGACCUAAGAAAAAGGUUGUUUUGUCUGCUAAAAACAAGAAUUAUUGAGGGUGAAUUUCAGGAACAUGGAAGGCCCAAGCACAUGGUUCUAAACUUGUGACUUUUCUAAUUAGGUUAAUAUUAAGCCUGUUAAUUACAGUAAGGCUUGUUGCACAUAUAAUUUGCAUUUUUCUCACCGUAUCUGUCCAACACAUUUGAUAUUUUUGGACUACCAAAUGCUGCGUAACCAAGUCGAUAAGAAUGAGUGGAGUUGUUUUUCGUGAGUUAGUGAGAAAAAUCCUUACAUUUUUUACAAUGACUGAGGUUUAUGUGGAAUAAUAUUUGACUAUUUGGGUACAUAUUUUGACUUGUAUGUCUUUGGUCAUACACUAAAAUAAUUAUUGAACAAGCUCUGCCUGGGCCUCUCUAAUGCUCUAUACUCAUCUUGAGAUGUUAUGUGGUUUAGUCAUAUUAUGUAAACCACAGAUUGUCAGAGGUUGUUAAAUACAGCCACACUACUGACUGGCAUUAUCAGGUCCCAAGAGACAAGAUUAUUACCCCGGCCACCCCAACAUUUUAGGCUCAAGAGUGUAGGCUUAUACCCACAUCAGUAGAACAUUUGCACCAACACUGUGUUCAAUACCAUAUUGCACUUUCAAGUUUACUGUGGGAAAUACAUUUUGAGGAAUUCUUUCAAUAAGUCUAGGCACCGUGGAGCAUCCGCACACAUCAGGUAAAAAAUACCUCCACAGAGGUAAAUAAUAUGCCCUAAAGCUUUUGUCUAGCAAAGUGGUGUUUGGUCCAAAGUUUAUUCUUAAAACAUCCAUCGAUUGAUGAUGUUGGUUUGUGUACACUUUGUCAUUGAGCUACACUAUAAACUCCUGUUGGUCAAGGCUAUACCAUAACGAAAUAAUAAUCAAACAUAUCCUACUUUUUAUCGCAAAAAUAAUAAUUAUAUAUAAUAUGUGAAGUUUUGCCCUACCUGACGUGUUAUCGUACCAAAUACUAAUUACGUUCCCAAAUACUUGCGAAAACAAUUUCGCAACAUUGAAAUAGUAUUUUCAGUACCCGCUGCUACUUGGGGAUUGGAUUCAACACUAGUCACCAAGCGCAAGCUCGGUAGUCUAGUGGUUAUGGCACCAGUCUAGUUAUCUGGAGGUUGUGGGUUCGAUUCUCAUCCAAAUCACUUGUGAAACAUUUUUUCACAAGUAUUUGGUAACAUACUGAGUAUUUGGUACGAUAACACGUCAGGUAGGGCAAAACAUCACUCUUAUGAUAUUUUCCUGAUGCAAAAACUCAAAAUAAUUAUAUAAUAAUUGGACAUGCACCAUUUACUGUCAAUGGUAUUUCUGAUUAGCUACUGUAUCCUUUUUUUAAUUAAAAAAAAUAUCUUACAUUUGUAGUUAAAUAUUAGAUUCCAAUGACAGAUCUAGAGACAUAGCAGAUGGGGGGGGGGCACAUCUGACUGUCAAAAUUGCAAUUUUAUAAAAAUAGAUUUCGCAACUGUGACAACAUCCCCUGGACCCCCGAUACCUUCAGUCUGAAUUCUGACUUGGUAGGUCUGGUAUAUAAGCUUCAGUGUGUUAUCUACUACUAAAGUCAACUAAAUAUGCACUAACUGUAAUGAAAUCUGAGGAAACCUCAAAAAUUCAAUUCAAAAUAAUAAUU